GGGGGCUUCUCAACUCGUGAAUGCAGCUGGUCGUGUCUCCAAUAACUCGCUUUAAAGAGCGGCUCGUACGCUCAGUGGUUGUUAGUGCGUGUUCCCCUGUAAUUACUCGCGUUCAAGUUGUCUUAGUAAUGGCCCCGUACUUUUAAAAGGGAGGAUUUUCAUGUGGGAACCGCUCUCUGUGAGGAAGUUUCGCUGGAGAGCUCACUGGACUGUAUCUACUCGGACUGGAUGCAUCCCAGUAACGAUACAGACCGUCUGCAAGACUUCAAGCUCAGGCGCUGGUGAUUGAUUUGAGCCCACAGCAGAGCAACGAUGAUACGCACUCAUUCUCAUUCAAGUUAAAGCCGUUGUAUUUUUGAGCAUUUUGGAUUAACAGUUUCUAAAGUGAAUAUGGGUCCUGUUUGGAUCCUCCUAACCGUUUUAAUUGGAUACAGCACCAGCUUGCCCGGAGCAAAAGGAGCAUGUGUCCAUCAAGGCUCAUUGUUUGCGAACAAUACAUCAUGGAAACCAGACACCUGUCAAGACUGCAUCUGCUACAAUGAUAUUGUCAUCUGUAAACCCACUCGCUGCCAAAAUCCCCAUUGUGACUUUCAGAGGGGUGACCGCUUGAGAAUCCCACCCAACAAGUGCUGUCCGGAAUGUUUUGCACAGUUGCCUGGGAUCUGUCAGCAUGAAGGAAUGGUUUAUGGGCAUGACAGUCAGUGGAGUGAUUCCAAAUGUUCGGUGUGCACAUGCUCUCAUGGGAAGGUGACCUGUGGGCCACGUGCUUGUCCUCCUCUUAGUUGUGGGAAAGACCAGAGUCCUUUCAUCCCAGAUGGAGACUGCUGCCCUCACGGCGAGCAGUGGCAGAGGGGCAGCUGUACCUCCUGUGUGUGCGAUCGCGGUCAUUCUCGCUGUCAGACGGAGAAGUGCCCUCCUCUCCACUGUGAUAAGGUUCAGACGAAGGUCAAGCGAGCCGGGCAGUGCUGUGAAGAUUGUGUCUCAUCAAAAGGCAGCUGCCUCUAUGAGGGCAUUGUCCGUUACCAUGGUGAUAUGUGGAACGGCACGGGUUGUGAGUUCUGCAUGUGUGAACGGGGUCAGGUGCUGUGCCAACGGGUCGAGUGCACCAGAUCGGAGUGCCCACGGGGAGAAAAACUGGUCCAUUUGCCUGGGAAAUGCUGCCCAGAGUGUAAGACAACAACCAGUUCCUGUACAUAUUCACAGCCAGACCAGAAGGGGCAGAAAUUUAACAUCAAGAGUUUUAGACGCCUUACUAAUCUAGAGAGUGUCAGAGAGGGGCUGUGUCGUGUGUGUCAGUGUCAAGAGAAUCAUGUGAUCUGUUACCAGCGUUCCUGUCCCACCUGUCCACUGGGCACCCUAACUAUACCUCACCCUGAACAGUGCUGUCCCGAUUGCAAUCCAGCAGUGCAGUGUCACAGGGACUGUUUGACAUGCUCUGGCACACCAGAUCACUGUGACAGCUGUCAGGACCCUUCUGCCCUGUUGAUGAAUGGACGCUGUCUGCAGUCAUGUCCUGAAGGAUUUUUCACUCAGGGCAAAGUUUGUGCAGCCUGCCAGCCGUCAUGUGCCACCUGUGAGAAUGACUUUGAAUGCACAGCAUGUGGUGGGUCCUAUCUCCUCAGUGGCAGGCAAUGUGUGACCACCUGUGAGAGAGGUCUGUUCCAGGACUACACACGCUGUCUCAGUUGCCGUGACUCCUGUUCAUCUUGUCAGGGGGUGGGGCCUCAGGAUUGUUUGACAUGCUCAGACCCCUCCCACUUACUGAAGGAUGGAUUCUGUGUUUCGGAUUGUGGUCCAGGCUUUUAUGCUAAUCAAGGCAGCUGUUAUGCUUGUGACCCUUCCUGUGCAACCUGUCAUCCCGAAAACCCCAGUUGCAUGAGCUGCACCCCUGAACAUGCAUUGCAUCAGGGGAAAUGUGUACCACAAUGUCCACCACAGUAUUACAAGAAUGACCACGGCCGUUGCCAAGCCUGCCACAGUUCGUGUGCGUCCUGCUCAGGGCCAGCUGGGUCUCACUGCACCUCCUGCUCAAAGUUUCUCAUCCUGAACCAAGGCCAGUGUGUGGAGUCCUGCGGAGAGGGACUGUUCUCCAGAGGGGGACACUGUCACAGGUGUCAUUCAUUGUGUAGGGUCUGUGUGGGUCCGGACUCCUCAGACUGCAUGCAGUGUGUCAAACAGGAAGAGGUCCUGCUGCCUAAAAAUGGACAUGUCUCUCACGGGUCCUGUAUGUCUGUCUGCAGGCCACAGCAUUACCUUGACGCAGAUCGGACCUGCAGAGAAUGUCACAUCUCAUGUUCAGGCUGCACUGGUAGAAGUUUCCAGAAUUGUACUUCCUGUAUACGGCCCAGUGUCCUUCAUCAAGGGCAGUGUCUCGAUAAAUGUCCCAAUGGUUUCCAUGUUCAGGACCGUACUUGCCAAGCCUGUCAUCCAUCAUGUAAGGAGUGUACGGGCCCGUCUCAGGCUGACUGUUCUGCUUGUCCAGCCCACGCCAGUCUCCAUAACGGCUACUGCCGAACCAGCUGCCCUGAGGGCCAGUGCCUGAAUGCUGUGGGCUACUGCAUUGAGUGUGAGGAGGGAUGCCAGCGGUGUGUGGCAGACCUGCAGUCUGGCUUUGGCACUGUGUGUUUGUGGUGUAAGGUUCCCAGGAUGCUGCUGCUGGGAGAUCACUGUGUAUCACAGUGCCCACCCAGAUACUACCGGUGGCACGGAGCUUGCAAAAAAUGUCACACUUCUUGUGAGGAGUGCAGUGGGGAUGGUCCUCACUCCUGUACUUCCUGUUUGGUCCCUGAGGUUCUGGCCCCAUCAGGUCUCUGCAGCCCUCGCUGUCCAACUGGAUAUUACGCUGAUGAAAACAGGGUGUGCCAAAUGUGUGACGCUCAGUGUCUGAGCUGUGAGAUGGCGGGUGUGUGCACAUCAUGUAGUGAUCCAGCUAAAGUUCUUCUGUUUGGGGAGUGUCAGUAUGAGAGCUGUGCUCAUCAGUAUUAUCUUAACACCACCACGCGCACAUGCAGAGAAUGCGACUGGAGCUGUAACGCGUGCCGCGGACCCCUGCGUAGUGACUGUCUGCAGUGCAUGGAGGGAUACGUCCUGCAGGAUGGCAUUUGUGUGCCAGGAUGCUCACUGGGAUUCUACCAGGAUGCUGAGAGAUGUCUGAGCUGUGAUGAACACUGCGAGCAGUGCCAGGUCCAUGGCCGAUGCCAACGCUGCCAGCUGCCAUAUGCCGUAUUGAACGGGCACUGUGUGCUGGAAUGUGGCAAGCGCUACUUUCUAGAUGUCUCGACCCGUCAGUGCAAUGCAUGCUCAGCUGGUUGCUUGGAGUGUGUGAGUGCAGGUGGGUGCCAUGUCUGUGCUGAGAACUCCUUCCUGAAGGGUGGGCAGUGCAUCCUGGACUGUGGUCAUGGAUACUAUGCUGACCCCAAAACAAGAGCCUGCCAUGCAAACAGCCGCGCUCCAUCUCUUUACAUCAAUGGCUCUCUGCUGGUACCUAUUGGUGGAGUUAAGCCUCUGGAUCCAGCACUCGUGUCAAUCAAGGAUGCAGAUAGCCAAUUAGAGAGCAUGUUGCUCCAGCUCAUUCAGCCAGCCAGUAACGGGCAUCUCGUGGUCCUGGAGAAUGACAGAGAGAGAGCACUGGGCAGAGACGACACUUUCACCUUUACUCAGCUCAAACGUAGAGUUGUGCGCUUCAUUCAUGACAAAGAGCAGCCCAAAAGUGGGCAGUUCAUGUUAAGGGCAGCAGAUCCUCAGCUGUUCUCUCAGCCUCAGAGUGUUCCUGUGCAGGCGCUUUCCCAGCAGGUUGGCUUGACUCCUCACCUGCGUUCAGUGCCCAAGACCUGGGUGAGGGAGGGAGGAAUGGUACAGCUGUCUAAGAAGUGCCUCAAUGCUCAAUUCCAGGGAACCAGUGACUCUGAAAUCCUGUACACCAUUCAUUCUGAGAGCGGACAGCCCAAAUAUGGAGAGAUUGUGCUGGUGUCUAUGCCUGCUGAUGGUCCUGUGGAGGCAUGGCAGUCCUUCCCAGAUGGUCAAGAUACCACACCAACCAGCUCAUUUACACAGCAAGAUGUUAAUGAAGGGACUGUCUGGUACAGACACUAUGGAUCCGCUACACAGAGAGACACUUUUCAGUUUCAGGUUUCAAGUGAGGUCUAUCCAGAGACUCUGGGUGAUGCACAGACCUUCACUAUAGGAGUGAUGCCUCAGACCCCCGGCCUGCCUCAGCUCUCGCCUGGAGCCGACCUGCAGAUCACUGCACUGGAAGAUCGCGUGACUGUGAUAUCUCCGUCUGCUCUCUCCUUCACUGACUCUGAGACGCCCAGCGACAAGCUUGUCUACAACAUCACCAAAGCGCUUACCUCAGGCCACGGUAUGCUGGAGCACAGGGAUAGACCUUACCAUCAUGUGCGUCUCUUUACCCAGGCUGAUGUAGACAGUGGCAAAAUUAUCUACAGACCACCUCAAGCUCCUUCCCACCUUCAGGAGCUUUAUCAGUACUCAUUUACAGGUCUACCAGAAUCAGUGAGCCUCCAUUUCACAGUUUCUGAUGGAGAGCACACCACUCCAGAGAUGGACUUUGCUAUUCUGUUGUUGGCCAAUCAUCAGCAGCCACCGGUCUCUCAGAUUCUGGAUCCGGUGCUGGAGGUCAGUCUCGGCGGCAGGGCACCAGUGGGUGGACGGCAGUUAGCAGUGACGGAUGCUGAUACGGCCCCUGAAGAGCUAGAGUUUGAGCUGGUGGAGGGGCCCCUACACGGGACCCUCCUGAGAGUGGACCUUGGCUCCCAGGUCCAGAUGGUCAAUGGGGACACCUUCACCUCCAGUGACGUCACCAGGAACGUUCUGCAGUAUGAGCAUGCGGGUCUCACCACAGAGGAGGACUCCAUGACUUUCUCUGUGACGGACGGGAUCUCCAUGACCUCCAUCACGGUGCAGGUCUUGGUGUCGGAGGUCAAAGGUGACGCACCCAAACGCGACCCUAAGGCCCUGCUGUCAAUGGAGGUGGCGGAAAAGAGCAGUACCAUCAUUAGACGUUCGCAGUUAGCUUAUAUGGAUGAUAAAUCUCCCGAUGAGACCAUUUUUGUGCAGUUAGUUUCUGUACCGAUGUAUGGGAUCCUCACCAAAACCAAGGCUGAAACAGACCAUGAGGAACUUAGUGAAUAUUCCUCCUUUACAAUGGAGGACAUCAACAACCACAAAAUCAGGUAUGUUACAUCCUUUGAAACGGGUAACCAGCCUGUCACUGAUAUUUUCCACUAUGUCGUCUAUGAUGGUGAGAACAAUCGUUUGGAGAACCAGAUGUUCACUAUAACCAUCACGUCUACCCAGAGACAGCCACCUGUUGUCACGGUCCACAGCGGCAUUAAGGUUCAAGAAGGAGGGAGAGUCCAGCUCUCAGCCAAUCACUUUAUUGCAUCUGACCCAGACACACCCAGAAAGGACCUCCUGGUGUGGCUGAUCAGCCCACCGAAGUAUGGUUUCAUUGAGAACACAAAACAAGCAGCGAUUGGUGGAUCUCGCGUGAUCAGCCCUGACGUCCCUUUCACUAUAGAAGACCUCACCUCAGACCAUAUCUUCUACGUUCAAAACAUCCGCCAAGCCAACAUCCGCCAGGAUGUCUUCAGCUUUUACAUCAGUGAUGGGUCUAGUCAAACUGAGGCUUUUGAUAUCACCAUAGACAUCCAGCACACCAAGGAGGAUAGAGUCCCAAUUAUCUCAGUGAACAGCAUCCAAGUGGAGGAGAAUUCCGGUGUGAUCAUUACCAACUCCUCCCUGAAUAUUUUGGACCCGGACACACCUGAAAAUGAGCUUCUCCUUACCCUCAUCAAGAAGCCUUCAUACGGAAAGCUACGCAGAAGGCAGUUCUACUCUCAGCCUUUUGAGAAUGGCAGGAUUCUUCAGCAAGGCUCCACCUUCACUUACCAGGAUGUUCUAGAUGAGCUUCUGGUCUACACCCCAGAUGGACGCGGCUCUGGGACUGACGAGAUCCAGUUUUCAGUAACAGAUGGCAUAUACACAGAGACCGGACGUCUAGAGUUCAGCAUGGAUAUUAGGAAGAGAGAAGGCCCUAGAGUCACAAUCAACAGAGGACUACAGAUUGCAGCAGGUUCCUCAUCUAAGAUCACAGAGCAGCAUCUAAAAGGGACGGACAUAGAUUCAGAUAACCUUAAGCUGCGGUUCACCCUUAGUAAAGACCUGAGCGUGGGCUCCCUGCUGCUGAAUACGGGCAGAAACAAGGCCCAGAUAUCUGUCAAAGGACCUGUCACCAGCUUCACCCAGGAUGACAUCAACAAAGGACAUGUGGAAUACAUUCAUGAAAAGGGAGAAAGUGGAGGCAGCUUCUCUUUUAAGUUCAACUUGGAAGAUCCCGAGGGAAACAGAGUCAUUGACCAGUCUUUCUUCAUUAACGUUCUAGAGGACAGACUUCCUCCCACAGUGGUGGUUAAUAAGGGUUUGGUUAUGGAUGAGAACACCUUGAAGAAGAUCACAACACUGCAGCUCUCAUCUACAGAUCAGGACAGUGAACCAGAUGAACUCAUUUACCGAAUCACCAAACAGCCUCAGCUUGGCCAUCUAGAACAUUCCAGCAAACCAGGAACACGGAUCAGCACGUUUACCCAGGCUGACCUGGCCUCCCGCAAUAUUCAGUUUGUUCAUACCAGUGAAGAGGAGAUACACUCUGAUGACUUUACCUUCACUGUAUCUGAUGGAGGCAAUGAGAUUUCACAGACAUUCUACGUCACCAUCCGGCCGGUGGACGACUCUCUGCCCGUCCUGCAGGUACCAGGGAUGAGGGUGCAGGAGGGGGUGAGGAAGACCAUCACUGAGUUUGAGCUGAAGGCAACUGAUGCUGACACAGAGGAGGACUCUGUUACGUUCACUAUCGUUCAGGCUCCUCGACACGGGACCAUUGAGCGCACAAGUAAUGGUCAGCAUUACCGCCAGACUACCACCUUCACUAUGGACGACAUCUAUCAGAACCGCAUCAGUUACAGCCAUGAUGGCAGUAACUCCCUCAAAGACCGAUUCACCUUCACUGUCGGUGAUGGUACCAACAUGUUCUUCAUCAUUGAAGAGGGUGGAAAAGAGGUUGUCACCGCCGCUCCACAGAAGUUUAAAAUUGAUAUUUUACCUGUUGACGACGGGACCCCUCGUAUUGUCACCAACCUCGGUCUACAGUGGCUGGAGUACAUGGAAAAUAAGGCCACCAAUCUGAUCACCAAGAAAGACCUUCUCACUAUUGAUCCGGACACAGAUGAUGGCCAGCUGACUUAUGAAAUCACUACAGAAGCUAAACACGGCUUCCUGGAGAGUAAACUCAGUCCUGGCAAACCUAUUACCACUUUCACGCAAGCUGACAUAAACCUGGGCCUUAUCCGAUACGUUCUGAGUGAGGACAAUGUUCAGGAGACCAUGGACAACUUCAGGUUCCUUGUGAAGGACAGCAAACCCAACAUCGUCACUGACAAUGUGUUCCACAUCCAGUGGUCUCUUAUCAGCUUUGAGCACAAGAGCUACAAUGUGAGUGAAAAAGAUGGAACCGUGGCGGUCACAGUGAAGAGGACUGGCAAUCUGAACCAGUAUGCUAUUGUGCUGUGUCGUACUGAGCAAGGCACGGCCACCUCCACUUCCAGCAUGGGCUCUCGGGCCGGACAACAGGACUAUGUUGAGUAUGCUGGACAAGUUCAGUUUGAUGAGAGAGAAGACACCAAGGUGUGCACCAUUGUGAUCAACGAUGAUCAGGUCUUUGAGAACAUUGAGAGCUUUAAUGUGGAACUGAGUAUGCCAGUGUAUGCCCUGCUGGGGUCAGUGACCCGCGCUAAAGUCAAUAUCAAUGACACGGAGGAUGAACCCACCCUGCAGUUUGAUAAGAAGACUUACCACAUCAAUGAAAGCACAGGCUUUAUCUUUGCUCCUGUUGAGAGAAAGGGGGACACCAGCAGCACAGUCUCAGCCCUCUGCUACAGUGUGUCUAAGUCAGCCCGGGGCAGCAGUCUGCAUGCUCUCGAGUCCGGCUCUGACUAUAAGACCCGUGGCAUGAGCAGUGACAACAGAGUCAUCUUUGGCCCAGGUGUGAGCAUGUCUACCUGUGACGUAAAGCUGAUUGAUGACAGCGAGUAUGAACUCUCUGAGGAGUUUGAGCUGGUGCUGUCGGACGCCUCAGACAAUGCACGGAUGGGUGAUGUCACCGUGGCUAAAGUCAUCAUAGAUGGGCCAAAUGAUGCCUCCAUUGUCUUCCUGGGCAACGCGUCCUUCACCUUCAGUGAAGAUGCAGGCACCAUUGAAAUCCCUGUUUUGCGGCAGGGCAGUGACCUUUCCUCAGUAACCUCUGUGUGGUGUGCCACACGUCCUGCUGAACAAGAUUCUGCUACGCCCGGCGUUGACUACAUCCCAAGUUCCAAAAAGGUGGAGUUUAGACCAGGCAAGACCGAAGAGACAUGUAGUUUGACCAUAAUGGAUGACAUUCAGAACCCUACAAUCGAAGGGAAAGAGUCCUUCAUCGUGUUUCUUAGUUCUCCCAAUGGAGCGGUCCUGACUGAACCAUAUGAAGCCUCUGUCUACAUCACUGACACCACCCAAGACAUACCUAGCAUGCAGUUUGACAAGCUGGCAUAUACGGUGAAGGAAAAAGAUGGUGUUCUGCACAUCCCCAUUUUUAGGACGGGAGAUCUGUCCUAUAAGUCUUCCGUCCGUUGUUUCACACGCACAAUGUCUGCUAUGGUGAUGGAUGAUUUUGAAGAGAGGAGAAAUGCAGAUGAUUCCAGGAUUACUUUCCAAAAAGGAGAAAAGGUGAAGAAUUGUACCAUAUUGAUCCAAGAUGACUCUGUGUUUGAGCCAGAAGAGGAGUUCCAGGUCCACCUUGGAAGCCCACAGGGUGACCACUGGAUUGGAGCCAUGAUUGGAGUCAAGGACAUUGUGACUGUGACCAUCACAAAUGAUGAAGAUGCUCCUACGAUUGAAUUUGAACAAGCCUCUUUCCAAGUUCGUGAGCCCCCUGGUCCAGAUGGAAUUGAGGUUUUGAAUAUCAAGGUAAUCCGUAAAGGAGACCUUGACCGUACCUCCAAGAUCAGAUGCAGCACAAGGGAUGGAUCAGCCCAGUCAGGUGUAGACUAUAACCCCAAGAGUCGAGUCCUUAAGUUCAGCCCUGGUGUGGACCACAUCCUCUUUAAGGUAGAGAUCCUGUCCAAUGAGGACAGAGAGUGGCAUGAAUCUUUCUCGUUGGUUCUUGGUCCAGACGACCCUGUUGAAGCCGUGCUUGGAGAGAUCACCAUGGCCACAGUCACCAUCUUAGAUCAAGAAGCUGCAGGAAGUCUCAUCCUUCCAGCACCACCCAUUGUGGUGUCUCUGUCAGACUAUGACUAUGUCCAGGAGGUCACUAAAGAGGGCAGUAAGAAAUCUCCAUCUCCUGGAUAUCCUCUGGUCUGUGUGACUCCCUGCGACCCCCAUUACCCCAAAUACUCAGUCAUGAGAGAGCGCUGUGAGGAAGCAGGCAUCAACCAGACCUCCGUCCACUUCAGCUGGGAGGUUGCAACUCCCACAGACACCAGCGGAGCACGAUCACCCUUUGAGACAGUGACAGAUAACACACCUUACACCACAGUCAAUCACAUGGUCCUGGACAGUAUCUAUUUCAGCAGACGUUUCCAUGUGCGCUGCGUAGCUCAGGCCAGAGAUAAAGCCGGGCACCUGGGAACUCCACUGAGGAGCAACAUAGUCACUAUUGGCACUGAGGGAUCAAUAUGCCACACCCCCGUCACUACAGGAACCGCUCGAGGCUUUCAGGCCCAGUCCUUUAUUGCCACUCUAAAAUACCUGGAUGUCAAACACAAAGAGCAUCCAAACAGGAUCCAUAUCUCAGUGCAGAUCCCUCAUCAGGAUGGAAUGCUUCCACUGGUGUCCACCAUGCCUCUGCAUAACCUACACUUCCUGCUCUCCGAGUCUAUUUACCGUCAGCAGCAUGUCUGCUCCAACCUGGUCACACUUAAAGAUCUGCAUGGCGUCUCUGAAACCGGCUUCUUGGAUGAUGUGUUGUAUGACAGCAUAUCCCUGGGUCCCGGAUAUGACCGUCCAUACCAAUUCAACCCCAGUGUUCGAGAACCUAGAACUAUCCAGCUAUACAAGCAUCUCAAUCUGAAAAGCUGCAUAUGGACAUUUGAUGCGUAUUAUGACAUGACGGAGCUUAUUGAUGUAUGUGGAGGAUCAGUAACUGCUGACUUUCAGGUCAGAGACUCGGCUCAGUCGUUCCUGACGGUGCAGGUACCGCUCUAUGUGUCCUACAUCUAUGUGACGGCUCCUCGUGGAUGGGCCUCCCUGGAGCACCACACAGAGAUGGAGUUUUCUUUCUUCUACGACACAGUCUUGUGGAGAACAGGCAUCCAGACAGACAGCGUGCUGUCAGCUAGAUUACAGAUCAUUCGGAUCUUCAUUAGGGAUGAUGGACGACUGGUGAUUGAGUUCAAAACCCACGCCAAGUUUAGAGGUCAGUUUGUCCCUGAACAUCACACCCUCCCUGGACAGAAAUCUCAUCUGAUGGCUCCAGAUCACCUGGGAGGCAUCGAAUUUGACCUGCAGCUGAUGUGGAGCGCACAGUCCUUUGAUUCACCCUACCAGCUCUGGAGAGCCACAAGCUCCUACAGCAGGAAAGACUACUCUGGGGAGUACACAGUCUUUCUCAUCCCCUGCACGGUACAGCCAACCCAGGCAUGGGUCGACUCUGGGGAUAAGCCUCUUUCCUGCACGGCCCAUGCUCCAGAGAAAUUCCUGCUGCCCAUCACCUUCCAGCAGACGAACCGCCCUGUUCCUGUAGUCUACUCUCUGAAUACUGAGUUUCAGCUUUGCAAUAAUGAGAAAGUCUUUCUAAUGGAUCCUGCUCUCGCAGACAUGUCUGUUGCUGAGAUGGACUAUAAAGGAGCCUUUUCGAUGGGUCAAACGCUGUAUGGCAGAGUGCUGUGGAAUCCUGACCAGAACUUGAAUUCGGCCUAUAAGUUGCAGCUAGAAAAAGUCUAUUUGUGUACAGGACGGGAUGGCUAUGUGCCCUUCUUCGACCCCACAGGCACUCUGUACAACGAAGGCCCUCAGUAUGGCUGCAUUCAACCGAACAAGCACCUCAAACACAGGUUCCUGCUUCUGGACCGGAAGCAGCCUGACGUCUGCGAUCGCUACUUCCAUGAUGUUCCAUUUGAAGCCAAGUUUGCAUCUGACAUUCCUGAUCUCCAGUCCUUGUCUGCGAUGCCAGGUGUAGACGGUUUCACAAUAAAGGUGGAUGCCCUUUAUAAGGUUGAGGCAGGGCACCAGUGGUACCUCCAGGUCAUCUACGUUAUUGGACCCGAGUCCAUAUCUGCUCCCAGAAUCCAGCGCUCAGUGACCUAUGAGCUCAAACGAAGUCGCCGAGAUCUGGUGGACCGUUCAGGUCGUCUAAUGCUGGAUGAAUCUCUGAUCUACGACAAUGAAGGUGACCAGGUCAAGAAUGGCACCAAUAUGAAGACCUUGAAGCUUGAGGUGGAACCAUCGGGCACCUUCAAUCCCCAGAUGGGAGGAUCCAUCGGGGGUGGCAUGGCAGCCAUCGUCCUACUUUUCCUGGUCCUUCUAGCCGUCUGCCUCAUGGUCAGAAAGUGCCGCAGGGUUGUAAAAAAGAGGCCUGUGAAGGCAGUGGAGGAUUAUCCUCUGAAUACAAAGGUGGAGGUCUGUAUAGAACGUCUGGAGAAAAACCUCAACAGCAAGCACUGCUCUGUAAGAAACGUCAACGUCUUCAACAAGAACCCAGAGACCUACAAGGUCAGUGGGGUCAAGGUCAAACAGGUCAAUCUGGAGGUCAAACUGCACAACAACCUGAAUGACGGCACUGAAGUCUGAGUAUUUAAUGAGAAGAAGAAACAUUUUCUAUACAUAUUUGUAAUGACAUGAUGUUAAUGUAUUUUUGUAUGACCAUGAGGAUAAAAGGGAAAGUAUUCUUGCCAGCUAUGCAGUGUAAAUCAUUUCACAACUGAGCUACCUCAAACAUUAAUGAACAACACAUAAUGGUGUCAUCAGAUCUUACGUUUCCAAUCUCAGUUUUAAAUCAUUGCUCUGUGUAAUCAUACAACGGCUCAGUGGUAGCUCAGCCACUUUGUUUAAACGAAUGGAGAGUUUGUAUCACUGCACCUGCUAUUUUGUCAUGUCAGUAAAAACACAUGAAAGUAUUAAAGGAAGGAUAAGUGCCAACACUUUGGACCGGGCGAGUGAUGUAAAUACAUUUAUUAAGUGCAAUUAUCGGAUGACAUGGUCGUCCCUGUAUUUUGAUUUGGCUUUUGAUGCUCUGCCUCAUUGUCUAAUUUACUGUACUUUUGGCCUGAUCACCGGUGUGCCAUGCUGAUAUUUGUCAAGUGCGAUUUAUUUAAUUCCAAAUCCGAAUAGACUGCCCAAAGUAAUGCGUUUGUUAGUUUAUGUAAACCUUUGGUACAUGUCAACGAGAAACCAAGUGUUUUGAUGAAUUGUAUGAAAAUAGAUCAUAGAUUUGAUAACCACUAUUGAUUUGUCAGUCUGCUGACUCCAUUGAAAUGCUGUAGCCUUUAUUAUUUUACAACACUGGGUAAAAAAAAACAUAUUUUUGUUUUAUAUGACUGCUGUCUGUACUGAUAUAACCAAACACUACCAAAAAUCUUCACAUGGAUUUUUUUAAAGAUUAUCCACCUCAUGCUAUCCUGCAUUAUUUAGUCUUGUAUUAAUGUCACAUCAUGUAUUAAGUAAGGCACAUCUAUAGUUUGUAUUGUUUGUGUAGUUCUGUAUUGCUGUAUUAAGUAAUCACUUGUCACAUGUGCUGAUUUGAUCAAGAAUAUCCAGAAUCUUUAAAGCACUGGGUGUAGUGUGGGAAAUGCUACAAUUAUGACUUUAUGAUCAUCUCUCUCUCUCUCUCUCUCUCUCUCUCUCUCUCUCUGUGUGUAUUUGGAGUUUUAUUCAAUUUUGUCCAUUAAUAUGUGUCUAAGUGAGUGCCUAUCAAACAGAAACAUUUUGGAGAUAUAAGUUUUUGGUGCUAUCAUUUAUGGUAAAAUAACAUGAUGCCUGUACUUGUGCCUUUUUAGCAAUAAAAUUAAU